ACUCAGCCCUCCUGCCCCAGAAGCAGCGAAGUGCCCGAGAGGAGUGAGGGGGCACCAGGAAGGCAGCAGAGGCGGAGGCAGCUGGGAGAGGCUGGGCAGACGGGCAGAUAAGGCUCUGGGCUCUCUCCCCUUGGGGGCCACAGCCAGAGAAACAGCGCAGCCAGUUGCAUAAUCCUUCUGUUUGCCCAGAGCUACAUUUUGUCCUGAAACUCUCCGCCCUGGGAGGCAAUUGAAGAAGAUCCCAGCAAGGACCGGGCAGGGAAGGGAAUCAGCUGGCAAGUGAGGGCUGCGCUGGAUCCCUGGCCUCCGUCGCCACACACAAGGAUGGAGGCCCACAAUGCGUCCGCCCCGCUCAACUUUACCCUGCCGCCCAACUUCGGCAAGCGCCCCACCGACCUGGCGCUGAGUGUCAUCCUUGUGCUCAUGCUGUUCAUCGUUAUGUUCUCGCUGGGCUGCACCAUGGAAUACAGUAAGAUCAAGGCUCACUUCUGGAAGCCUAAGGGACUGGCCAUCGCCCUGGUGGCACAGUAUGGCAUCAUGCCCCUCACCGCCUUUGCACUGGGCAAGGUCUUCCAGCUGAACAACGUGGAGGCGUUGGCCAUCCUGGUCUGCGGCUGCUCACCUGGGGGCAACCUGUCCAACAUCUUCAGUCUGGCCAUGAAGGGGGACAUGAACCUCAGCAUCGUGAUGACCACCUGCUCCACCUUCUUUGCCCUGGGCAUGAUGCCCCUCCUCCUGUAUGUCUACUCCAGGGGGAUCUAUGAAGGAGACCUGAAGGACAAGGUACCCUAUGAAGGCAUUGUCAUAUCACUGAUCCUGGUUCUCAUUCCUUGCACCAUAGGGAUCUUCCUCAAUGCCAAACGGCCACAAUAUGCACGCUAUAUGGUGAAGGGUGGAAUGAUCAUCAUGCUUCUGUUCAGUGUGGCUGUCGCAGCACUCUCUGCCAUCAAUGUGGGCAAGAGCAUCAUGUUUGUCAUGACACCCCACUUGCUGGCCACCUCCUCCCUGAUGCCUUUCAUCGGCUUCCUGCUAGGUUACACGCUCUCUGCUCUCUUUCGCCUCAACGGACGGUGCAGACGCACUGUCAGCAUGGAGACCGGAUGCCAAAAUGUUCAACUCUGCUCCACCAUCCUCAAUGUGACCUUCCCCCUUGAAGUCAUCGGACCACUUUUCUUCUUUCCUCUCCUCUACAUGAUUUUUCAGCUUGGAGAAGGGCUUCUCCUCAUUGCUCUCUUUCGGUGCUAUGAGAAAAUGAAGCCUUCCAAGGAUAAAACAAAAAUGAUCUACACAGCUGCCACAAUGGAAGAAACCAUUCCAGGAGCUCUGGGAAAUGGCACCCACAAAGGGGAGGAGUGCUCCCCUUGCACAGCCUAACCUUCCUCCAGUGGCCUGGAUUCUGGUCACAAGGCAGUUCAGAAGACAAGUGUGGGAAUUUCAGAGAGCAGAGAAAGGAACACCAGUAGUGUCUGAGUCUUUUUCCAGGAUCAAGCUUUGCCUGCAAGACAGAGAGUCUCUACCCAAAAGCCUCACCUAACCCAAGCUUAGAAUUUUGAUACUUGUUUUAAAAAAUAAAAAAGCAUACAUGCUCAUUGACAACCCCAUGAAAGCAGAAAUCAAAACUCUUUUUGCCCCUUCAUCUCUAGAAGUUUCUGAUAAGUGCGUAAAAGGCAAUUUCCGAACUAGCCAAUAAACAAGUUUUUUUUUAACCUAAAA